GACCGGCAGGAGAAGGGCGGCCCCGCCGGCAGGGCGGCCGCGCCCCCGACAGGCUCGCGCUCUGCCCCCCGGGACGAUCGGCCCCUCGGGGGCGGCGCCAGCGCCGCCGGGCCCGCGGAGUUCGACGACGCCGAGGGGCGGAUCGCGUGCCGGAUCUGCAGCCGGAAGUUCGCGCUGGACAGGGUCGCGAAGCACCAGGCCAUCUGCCAGAAGCUGAGCAAGAAGCCGCGCAGGGUCUUCCAGGUGCAGCGCUCCUACUGCGCCGGCGGCUCGGAGGGCGACGUCAUCGGCGUGGCCGCCGCCGUCAGCAGCAAGGGCAAGGCCCGAGGCAUGGCCGGCAGCAUCCAGAGCGGCCUGGCCUGCAAGCCCGCGCCGCCGCCGCCGCGGACCAACUGGCGCGAGGAGAGCAUGGCGCUGCGGCAGGCCAUUAAGGCCUCCAAGGGAGCGCCGCCGAUGCCCCAGUGGGGCGCCGCGGGCGCCGUCCCAGGCGGCGCCCGAGGGCGCCCCUCGGGCGGGGCCCGGCACG